CGUUGUCACUGUCGACAAAAAAAUUAAAAAUCAUGCGAUCAAAAUUACAUGUUAGAAAGGCUCGCCAAACCAAGUGGACUUUGUAUUGCUUGACAAGUCACCAGUUUAUAAGGUGUGUAAAAAGCCCUGGUACACUUUUAGAAAUUGACUGAAGCUCACUUUCCAGGAAGGAUGGAGUCCCAAACGGUGACGGAUGGCCCUGUCGUGCCAGAUGACUGGAAGACACUGGUACCUUGUAUGCCAACUGGUCCCUUAGAUGUGUAUCGUAAGAAGGCCUCCUUCAAUUGGAAGCAUUUGAAGCUACUCAUGGAGGGUGAAGAUGCAAUCAGAUUUAAGCAUGAUCUAUGGAGCAUGAUGGAGAAGGAACCGGUCUUCCAGCAUCUCCGUCAUGACACAACGAUGGCCGAUGAGCGAGAGGCUACACAGAGACGUCUUCAGCAUCUCAUGAAUCUUAACAUCCUGCCGUGGGAGAAGCUGAUGGAGAACAUGACCCAGAUGCAGUGGAUGAUCAACGGUCUGGGCAUGUUCAACUGGUCGCUGUCGGCCAAGUACAUCCUCAACUAUCAGAUGUUUGGUGGCUCCAUAAUGAGUCUUGGCACAGAGCGACACCUCAAGUUCAGAGACCAAGCAUCCAGCUUUGAAAUCAGUGGGUCUUUCUCAAUGACAGAGCUUUCUCAUGGCAGUAACACCAAAGCAGUUAGAACCACAGCUACGUAUGAUCCAAAGACACAGGAGUUUGUAAUCAACACGCCCGACAUUGAGGCCACAAAAUGCUGGGUGGGUGUAUUAGGAAAGACGGCCACCCACACACUCCUAUACGCCCAGCUCUACACCCCCGAUGGGGUACGGCACGGGUUACACCCAUUUAUUGUACCCAUACGGGACCCUAAGACCCUCUACAGCUACCCGGGAUUGGUGGUUGGAGACAUGGGCAAGAAGAUGGGCCAGAAUGGCCUCGAUAAUGGUUUUGUGUCUUUCAAGAAUUAUCGUAUUCCGAGGGUGAAUCUGUUGAACAGAGGGAGCGAUGUGACCCCGGAGGGUAACUACGUCACACCGUAUAAGGAUCCAACAAAGAGGUUUAGCACAGCACUGGGUGCGCUAUCAGCCGGCCGGGUCGGGAUAGCGAGCAUGGCCGUCACCAGUCUGAAAAAAGCAUUGAGCAUCGCUGUCCGUUACUCGGCAGUACGCAAACAGUUUGGACCAACGGCCGAGAAGGAAAUCUCAGUUAUAGAGUAUCAACUGCAGCAAUGGCGAUUACUACCGUAUGUGGCAGCCAUGUAUGCCCAGCAUGUUUUCACAUUCCACAUGAUCGAGAGCUAUAAUGAAUUUGUCAUUAAUACAUUCCUCGGGGAUAAAAGUGAAAGACAAAUGAUGAUGAGUCGUGAGAUCCACGCUCUGACCAGCGCUAAUAAACCACUCACAACAUGGACAGCCAGGAAUGCUAUACAGGAAUGUAGAGAAGCAUGUGGUGGCCAUGGAUUCCUCUGGGCGAGUGGCUUUGGUGAGAUUCGCAAUGACCAUGACCCUAAUUGUACCUACGAAGGUGACAAUAACGUCUUGCUGAUACAAACAAGCAACUUCCUGAUCAGUCUAGCUCAAGCUAAGAAAACAGAUGGAGAGGCGAUGUGGUCCACCAUGGAAACAGUUGACUUCAUGGAUGAUAUGGAGAAUAUUCUACCAAGGAGGUUUAAUUGCACCACAGAGAGAGAGGUCUUGGCUCCUGAGGUCUCUCUUGCUGUCUACAAGUGGUUAGUGGUUUAUCUACUACAGGAGAGUAUGGCCAAAGUGAAGACAGAAAUCCAACGAGGCAAAGAUCUAUUCACGGCACGCAAUGAUAGCCAGGUGUACUACUGUCGAUCACUCGCUAUUGCUUAUAUCGAGCACACAACACUUGAAGCUUUUUACAAGUAUUGUCACAGUAACGACCAGGCCCCCUCCAUCAAAGAAGUGCUGCUGAAGAUGUGUAGUUUGUAUGGACUAUGGAGUCUGGAAAAACAUGCAGCAACAUUGUAUCAAGGAGGUUUCUUCACCGGCAGUCAGCCAUCUCACCUGAUUCGCAAUGCCAUCUUAACCCUCUGCUCUCAACUCAAAGAUGAAGCCGUGGCUCUUGUAGAUGUCUUUGCUCCUACUGAUUACGUCCUCAACUCAACAAUUGGUGCCUCAGAUGGGCAGGUAUACAAACGCCUUUACUCAUCCUUCCUGGAGGCCCCAGGGAGCUUAGAACGACCCACUUGGUGGAAGGAGUUUGUCGACAAGACAACUUCAUCCAAACUUUGAGUCGUCAGACGGAACAAACAUCUCUUCAAGCCGCAAACAAAUUAAACUAUACAGAGUUUACAAUCAGAGCAUACCGAUCGAAACGUCGAGUUGAAACCAAUGGUUCUUUUCAGAACCACCCCAACUGAUUAGAGAUAGUCAUUACAUGGUGUUACCGCAAACCUUUUCAUAUCUUAUACAGAGUAUCCUUGCUUUAUACAAAACCUGCACUGCACUGCACCAAAUGUCUGCUUAAGAAACAGGUUAAAAUAAAGGAUUCAAUCUGCCUCUAGCUACCGGGCUAUUUCGGUGGUCAAGUUAGUACGAUAUCUGCUCUCGAUGGCAAAUGCCUGGGAUUUUGUUCACAGAACUCGGGAAAAUCCGGAGUCUACAGUGCAACAGACAUCCAUGGAAGUGUUAAACCAUAAUAUUCAACCCAAGCCUGGAGUCCACAGGUCACACAUCUGUGUACGAUCAAACCAAAUUAUAUUUCUGUAGCUCCGAUGCAAUUAUUUAUGCUCUCUGAAAUAUUGAAAUGUUUUAGGAUUUCUUGUUUCUCAGUUUUGUUUACAGAAGGUCAUUUAAGGGGAGAACAUUUUACACCAUUUGUAAAUGUUGGUGCAAUGUGGCUAUACUUUCCACAACUCCUUUAUGAAACUUGAUUGAGCGUUUGUGAAAACUAAACAAUGUGCAUUCUAUGUUGCUGUGUUGUAUGUUUUGUUUUUGCCGGGUUUCAGUAUUGUUUCAAGACGCUAAACAACUUCAGGUCAUUUGCAAUUAUAAUUGGUAAGUUGUUCUGCCUUAAAUAAAGUCAGGUAUAAAUAAAGUCAUGUGUGUGGAACAUUGGCGUCUUGCAAAUAUCAAGGAUGCCAGUUCAUUAUUUUAAGAAACAAUUUUAUGAAAAUUAAGUUCAAAUUUCAAAAUACUUAUCAUGUGUCUUACAUAUUGAUACGAAUAUCAAUAAUAUUAAAAUUUUGUUUUUAAAUUCAACUUUGUUUUAAGACGCUUAAUGAGCAGUCAUGUGAUGGAUGGCAGAAUUACGUAAUUUAAAUACUAUAUUAUUCUUGAACAUGGUCUUAACUAUAGGAAAAGGUGUUAAAUAUUGUUAUCGUACAAAUUAAUAUUUGAAGAAUUAAAUCUUGCAGUUAUAUACAUAUGGAAACUUGAGGUUCA